UUGUUCAGACAAGGUUUGAUGCUGUAGCCUACCAGACAUAGAGUUUUACCGGAACCUGCUAGUCAUCUGGUCAGUAGUGUGGACACUGACGGUGGUUAAAGCAUCAGUCAACAUGAGUCGUUUACCCAAUGUCAAAAGAACCAAUCAAAGUUCUACCCACUAUCCUACAUCUACCAGUGAUAAAGCUGUAGACGGCUGUACAAACCAGCAUUUAUCCGGUGGAUGUUGUUCACAUACAUCGGAAGGAGCAAUGGAAGCGUGGUGGCAAAUCGACCUACAGGGUCAGGUGGUCAUGGAAUAUGUAAAAAUAUUCUACAGAUAUGACGGGUUUCUUCAACCAAGACGAUUUGGUGGCUACCAAAUAUACCAGUCGAACACGUCGGAUUGGCGAAACGGAUACCUUUGCCAUAAAGACACAACACCUACGCCGAACGCUUUGUCAUUGACUCCCCAGAUCCCAUGUACAGGCAGCGCUCAGUACCUGACUAUUUACAGCGACAGACGGCCAGGAGGUCUACCGUGGUACUCUGAUACUGCUAUUUUGGAGCUUUGUGAGGUAGAAGUGUAUGGUUGUCCGUUGGACAAAUAUAGUAAAGGUAAAUGUGAAAGAGUUUGUGAUGCAGGAUGUGCCGAUAGCCUUUGUGAUCCAGUCACUGGAGAAUGCGCAAAAUGUGUGCCUGGUAUGUAUGGCCCCAACUGCACUCAGACCUGUCCUGUCAGCUGUCAAGACAAGUGUGAAAGAAACACCGGAGAAUGCAAUGUAGUGUCCAUGUCACGUGAUGUCCGCUACCUGUGGUCGUGCAUGCAGGUAUACAAGUGUGUAUGCAAGUGUCUCCUCUUGGUUUUUUUUGGUCAGUAGUCUUUGUGUGUAUUUGGCACCAAAGCUACUGAUUCUGCACAAACACAUGACGUUGAACUGUUGUGAAAACCAUUGCGACAAAAUACUGGAGACAUUGAAGUAUUCGGUAUGUACAAUUAUGAUUUCAAUAUUAUCGUAAGCAAUAUUGUUUUUGCUUAAAAUGUAUAUUGUUAAAAUAAUAACUAUUAAGCUGAACUCGUCUUUCGAAGAAUCGACAUUUUUUGCCCACAAUUUAUCAGAAUAAUUUAUGUAUGUGUAUUUAGUAAUACAUUAUAUCUAUCUUUACAUGUCUAGAUCUACUAAGUUACUCUAUUGAAUACAUAUAUUCAGGUGAACUAUCAGCGGUCCAACAAAAUCGAAUCUCCUGGUUCUUUUGUCUACUUAAAAUUGGAUCUAAUGCAAACAUACUGAAAACAAAUCAAAUACUUGAAACAUGCCUAAGUUCACACGAGUUUUCCGAAUUUUGUAAAUAAAUCAUCUGAUCCGACCCCAUCGCUCAUUUGUGCACAUUUAAACACAAUAUGCGCACUAUAUUGUUUGGUGAUUUGUGCGUAAACCUUGUAAUUGUAUAUUAUGUAUGUAUACGAUUCAUAAAAAUAAACGCUUACUUAAUGUAUUUUGAUAAUAAUUUAAAUGAGUUGUAUAUUUUAUUAUUGAGUAAAUGAUGACCGACAUUUGAAGUUAUUGAAAUAAAUGGUAAAUUAAAACAUGUUUAACAUUAUUAAAUUAUAGAUAUUCUUAUCUAUUGUAAUAUGUGCAUUUUGUUCUUUGCAGGGUCUUAUUAUGAUUAUUAUUGAAAAUACACAUCUAGAUAGAGAAGAAAGUAUACACAAAUGUUUGUUACAAACAAUCAGUGAAGGAGAAUCUCAAUAAAAGAAAAAGCUAUAUCCUGUCACUCAUGACUCAUGGAGUAUCCUUACGUAAAUUAUCGAUGACUUUGUUUUUUUAUACCAUUACCAUACAUCAUGUGUUUAUAUCUACCUUUAAACAUCACUUGAUAAAUAUGCAAUUCAGCAAUUGAUUUUCAGCUAAUAUUAAUACAAUUCUAUAUUCAAAUAAUAAGCUUAUAUAUACCAUCAGCUUUGUUGGAAGAACAGUUAACUUGUAUGCGUAAACAUUUGUUUUAUUUGUUUCCCCAUGUACCCCUAGAGGUUUGAAGGUAGAGACUAGCAUGUGACCUUACCUGUCAAUUGAGCUGAAAAUGCAAACAAACAGAUGACCAUCUUAAAGACUAUUUGUGCAUGUGCGGGUGAGAGGGUGGGGAGCAACGCCAUGUCAACAAUUGUACGACACAUGGGACACUAGAACGCAAACUACAGCUUACAUUGAAUCCCAGUACAAGUGUGGCAUGCCAGUCUGCACUUAAAACUUGAUACCAUAUUUGGAUACCGAGGUAUGUGUUGGGGAAGAUGACUUAGCUUCGUGGUUCGGGAGGCCGUAACUGUCAGUAAGGACCCCGACCAACACUUACAGGAAAGGAAGGUUGUGACUCUGACUUUCCCGUGGGUCCUGACUAUGUAUACUGUGAUGACGGGAAGUGGUGCCUAGGUGCUAAGGAAUAAGCCUGUUGCUUGGAAAAAGUAGACAGCUCUAAGGUGGAUAUCUACCCACCUGUGUGGAUUGUAUUUCAAGGACAUUGUAUUCACAGAUCGAUAGCUGUCAUUGAUAUAAUGUACCAUUUCUUGUUAACUUGUAUACAUAUUAAGUCAAUUGUAUGAAUGUGAGAAUGGAUAUUAUAUACUUUUUGUUCUUAAUAUAUGUUGAAAUGAAAUAUUUUAAAUAAUGUAAAUAGCGUACCUUGUGUUCCUAUUCCUUCACGAGAGUUGACAAUAUUCUCAUCCCGUUACACCCGUAUAAUGAAACACCUUAUCCGGACGAAAACAAUGAAUGAAAAUUAUGAACUACUGGACCCUCUGGCGAGAACCUAUACUUGUUCACGAAACUACAAACACGAUUAUGCAGAACAAAAAUACAACAAUAUGGAAGAAAAACUCACUUUGCAGAGAAGACAAAUGUGUACUAUUAAAGUUAUCAUCAUAUUACUGAUCAAACACAUCAACUCAUGUAAAUGAAUAAAAAAAAUUCAAAACGCAAAAUUUGAACUUUUUCAAUACCAUAUAGACGUCUACUGGUGGGAUAUCGAGGCU